CAUCUUGGGAAGGUCGCCACGCUUCGAGGUGAGAGAGUAGAAAAGAAAAGAGUGGAGACGAGUUGGUUUAUUUAGUUUAUUAUUAUUACAAAUAUAACUUGUUUUGUGAAAUGUCAGCUCGAAUUGAUUAAUUUCGUUUAAACUAAGGAGAAGAAGGACAAACCCGUCGAACAUGGCGCUCAGGAGAGAAGCCGUGCUGAAAGAUCUCCCACACGUUCAGCAUGUCUUCUCUCUCAGUCUUUCAGGCGAAAGUCCUGCAGAGGCUCUACCCCGCUGCAUUAAAGGUGGUAGAAAAAGCACUCGAGACUCCUGCUCAACAUCCCCAAGCAGCUACAUCUGGAAUAGGUGUUCAACCGAAGCCUAGCAAAGUGACAGAUCAUGUAGAAACGCCUGCUGUAUCAGGCAGGAAGCUGUACACAGUCCUCUCUCCUCCUAAAGACUACCUUCCUGCCAGUGAAGAUGAAUGGAGGUCGCCCACCGAUGCACAGUCUGUCAAUAAUGUAGAUGAGCUGCCCGGAUCAGAAGAACACAGUGCCACUGAAGAUGAUCAGCAGGCAAUCAAGAGGAGAAAGCGAAGGCGAAAGAGAAAGGCAGCUACACCCUCUGGAGGGAAUGCGCAUAACGUCGCUGCUGAUGAUGAUGACGAAGCCAAAGAUGCAGAGGAAGGAAAUAAAGGGAAUACAGAGGGCUCAGAGUGCCUCAGCAAAAACAAGAGGAGGAAGAUGAAGAAGAAGAGGCACAAAGAGAGGCUGCUUGCCCUUGGCCUUGUUCCCCGAUCCACGGCUCUCGAGUUCACUUACAAACAAAGUGAGGAAAAGGAAGUUGAAGAUGAGGUGGAAGAAAAGGAGGUGGAAGAGGUUCUGGACUUCCUUCGAUCUACACGAGAUCUCUAUCUUUCAGAUCGCUCCUACAGUACAGGUGAUCUCUCAGGCUUUCUCAAUGCAACAGAGUCUCUCUUCACUCAUCUUUCCAACGGUACAUCGCCCCCUGCUGUUGUGUCCCUCCUGUGUCGGUUCAGAUCGCUGCUGCGUCAGAGUGACGUGGAGACGUUACACAGCGUUCUGCAGGAGUUCACACACACUUCCACAUUGCCUAAAGACGAGACCGAAGUGAUCCACACGCUCUUCCAGUACUGGAUGACUGAAGUUCUUCCCAUGCAGACGGAAAAUAAGACAUGAACAAGGCGAAAAAAAAUUGCAGUCCUGAGGUUUAGUGCCAACUCCAUCCAGCUCCUGGUCUAACAUUGAGGAGCGUGAGGAGAAAGACAUCCUAGUUAAGAGAUUUGAAAGGUCAAAGUUCAAUGACCAAAACAUUGGCUUAUUUCCUGUAUCCCAGAAACAUCGAAAUGCAUUACUCUAGAAUGGUGGUUCCAAAAGUAAGGCUGGUAAAGCAUUUAUAUUUUAUUUAUUUCUUUUAAUUGAUGCUUGUAUUACAAUUAGGAAAAGAAUACAGCUGAGUCCCCAAGACUGGCAGCUUGGUGGUACUGGGAUUUGUUGUCCAUUUCCAAAGCCUGUUUAACUGGUCACAUCCAGAACCCAAACGCAAGUGAGCCUAGAAAUCAUUUCAGUCUAAAGCUAAUGUAUGCUGAAAUCUCAGGAAAAAGUGACAGAGCUGCAAUAAAUAUCCAAAAUAUUGCUGUUUCCAUUUAAAUAACGAGUCCUGGCUAGGGUUCUGGAUGGACUCUAUCUAUUAGGAUUUAGGAUUUCACCAAAUAUUUUUUUUCUAUGCUCUUAAUCCUGCUUUUAAAUGGGUAAAAUAUGUACAGAAUGUGAUUUUUAGGCAUAAUUUUGUUUACUGGCCCUGGAAAGUUCUGACAGAUUAUGUGGCUUAUAAAGCCGGCUCUUCCUGGAGAUGAGUACCUUUGGAGGAUGUACAGAAAGUGCCAAGACAGCUGCUUCUUAGCCGGAAUAAAUUACACAUCUGUGUGGAAAACCCUGCUCUAGGAAGUGCAGCUUGAGGAAAUGACUGCUUAUGUAACGUCUCCAUAACAAACAAAAAUGGACAAAACUUUAACAAAAGUCACAAACUAAACAAAGAUGGACUUGGAGAGUUAAUUAAAUUUCUGUGGAGUCCAAAUUGGACAUUUGUGUAUCAAACUGAAGAACCUUUAGGAGCAGGAAGGAACCAACAUGGCAACCUUUCCAUAUUUCAGCACCAUGCAUUUGCGUUUGGACUGCGGCUCAUUGGAAGCAACUUCACCAUACAACAAGCCGAUGAGAUGAUAAGUGUGUUUAGAGAGCAAUCAGACAUCUGAAGUGAUAUCUAUCAUGGAAUGACCUGCCCAGUCACUGCACCCAAAUCCUGUUCAACUGCUCUGGAAUGAGUUACUGAUCUGGAUCAUAAUGAACUCUUCAACUAGUGAAGAACAACUUUUGCAAGUUUUACAAGAGACACGGCAAAGCAUUUCAGCUGCAUUUUAGGAGAAACCGACUGUUCAGACGCUGAGUGUGUGUAAAGCUGUUCUUUAUUCUCAGGGAGGAUUUUUCACUGAAAAUAAAGUUGAACUGUUUUUGGACCAA